AUUAAUGAUGAUGAUCAUUUGUACAUGCAUGAUCUGAUAAAACAAAUGGGUAGAGAGAUUGUUAGAAAGGAGGCACCAUUGAAUCCUGGCGAACGUAGUAGAUUGUGGAAUUAUAAAGAUGUUCUUAAAGUACUACAUGAAAAUUCUGGAAGUACUAAAAUUGAAGGAAUAAUGUUUGAUCCUCCUCAACAUGAGGAAGUGGAGUGGAGUGGUAUAGCCUUUGAGAAGAUGAAUAAUCUUAGAAUUCUCAUUGUCCGAAAGGCCCAGUUUUCAAUUGGCCCUAGAUAUCUUCCCAAUAGUUUGAGAUGGCUUGAAUGGCAGGGAUAUCCUUCUGCAGAAUUACCGCCAAAUUUUUCUCCAAACAAGCUAGUUGUCUUCAAGUUAUGUUGCAGUCCUUUCAGGUUGGAAGAGCCAUUCAAGAGAUUUGAAUAUUUGUCAUGUAUGAAUUUCUCACAUUGUGAAUUCAUAACUGAAGUACCUAACAUGUCUCAAUUCCAAAGUUUAAGGAAACUGUUGUUUAGAGACUGUUACAACUUGAUCAAAGUUCAUGAUUCAGUGGGAUCUCUCUCCAAGCUGGUGGAAUUAGAUGUUGGGGGGUGCGUCAAACUUACAAGCUUUCCACAUGAAAUCAAUAUGCCAUCUCUUCAGAGUAUUGAUAUGAGUCACUGCAAGAGUCUUGACUACUUCCCACAUGUAGUGGGAAAAAUGGAUGCACUAACCGAUGUUUGGGUUGAAGACACUUCUAUCAAGGAGCUCCCACCUUCCAUUGGAAAUCUUGCCGGGCUUGAAUCCUUAAAUUUAAGCUCUUGCAGAAAUCUUAAAGAGCUGCCUAACAGCUUAUUCACGUUGCAAAAUCUUAACUGGCUUAGUUUGGAUGGCAUUCAACCUGAUAGCAGAAAAUCUUUCAAGAAAUUAAUGCUAGAGAGCCAACCAGUGAUUAGCUGCGCAAACGUAGAGUUCUUGAUUCUCAAAAAUUGUUGUCUGUUGGAUGAAGAUGUUCACCUAACUCUGAAGCUUUUCCAGAAUUUGAUAGAGUUAAAUCUAUCAGGGAAUGAUUUUGUGUCCCUUCCUGAGUGCCUUAAAGAUUGUGGUAGGUUAUUGGAACUGGAUGUGAAUAACUGCAAGAGGCUAAGAGAUAUACCAGAAUUACCCUCAAAUUUGCGGAAAAUAAAGGCAGAGAAUUGCAUUUCAUUAACUACAGAGUCAUUAGGCCAUUUAUGGUCUCAGGCAAAAAGGGAGUUCUUUGGCAUGAGUAUCAUUUUGCCAGCAACAACAUUUCCUGACUGGUUCCACAAUGGGUCUGAAGGAGGGAAAAUGUCUUUCCUUGCUCGUAGGAGUUUCCCUCACGUGGUCUUUGCGUUUGAGUUGGGGAAAGCCACUACUAGAAAGAGACAAGCUUCCAUUUUUCUCUGA